AUGCCGACCCAACACGUCGAGCCUCUCUCGGGCGUUGACCUCGAUAUCAUUGCCAAGGCCGUGCUCAAGGCACGCAAGGUCGUCGUCAUCACCGGUGCUGGCAUCAGCACCAACUCGGGCAUUCCCGACUUUCGAUCGGAAAAUGGCCUCUAUUCCUUGAUCCAGGCUCAGUUUGAUGCCGCCGCACGCUUGGAACGCCAGGCAGAGGCGGCCGACGGCGAAGCGCCCGACCCACGGCCCUGCAAACGACGCAAGGUGUCGGUCGAGAGGCAGCUAGAAUAUGCGGCCGAGGGCAAAGAUGAUGCCGUAAAGGAGGAAAAUGUGGAUGAUGACAAAAUCAAAGGGGCCAAGGUGGAGGAGAACAAUAGCCAAGCGGACGAGGUGGAAAAUGGCCAAGUGGACGAGGUGAAAAAGACGAACUUGGAGCCCGUCGAUGCCCUCGCCGUCCAGCCAGAACUUCCUCGGCUCAUGGACGACGAGUCCUGCGGCGACAAGAGACCGGCCGGAAUGGGCGCCAGGUCGGCACCUCUGGGGUUCAGCACACCGCCACCCAAACCUGCUGGCGUUCGCAUGUUGGCCACGCAGCUCACAACGUCCCCGCUCUCCUCUCCGCCUGCCGAAGACCUAUCCGUUCCGCCAUCCGUCUUCGCACCGCGUGCCCACAGGCGUCUGGCCGACCCUUUGAUGCCGCUGAGCUCGUCACCUCUCUCCUCGCCGCCACCGGUACUCUUCGACCCCUUCGUUCCCACGUCGCCCUCGGAUUGUCGCUCCGACCGCCGGAGCAGCACAUCGCCGUCCGAGGUGGACGACGGUACGCCGGCUUCGAACCCCCUGAGCUCGUCGCAGACGUCGAGCUCGGCCAAGAGUGCGCUCCCCUUCAUGAAGGGCAGAGAUUUGUUCGACGCCAACAUCUGGUCGGACCCGACCAAGACAUCCGUCUUUUACACCUUUGCCACGUCGCUGCGCCAGAAGAUCAAGGAGGCGGAGCCGACCAGCUCGCAUCGAUUCAUCAGCCACCUCCGGGAUCGCGGGAAGCUCGUGCGCUGCUACACCCAGAACAUUGACCAGAUCGAAGAAAAGGUCGGCCUUUCGACAAGCCUCAAGGCCGGUCCUGGCAGUCGAGCGCGCUUCUCCCGACGCUCCACGGCCAACACGAACCAGCUCAGCAAGAUGGUCGACGAGGCCUCGGCCAUCGGCGAUGCGAACCCGAGCAGCUCCCAGGGCUCGACCGGCCCCAAAGUGGACUCGGACCCGGACCAGAGCCAGAGCCAGGCAAGUGAAGCAUCAAGUCAACAGUCCCAAGAAGCACAGACGGACGAGAGCGGCGUGGCCUCGUCGGAAAUGGGGACGCAGCAGGGCGGCGUGGUGAAAUGCCAGUCCCGCGCGAAGCAGGAACGGCCUCGCUCGGGCGUCGAAUGCGUCUUCCUGCAUGGAUCCCUCGAGUUUCUCCGAUGCUUCCUUUGCGGGAGGGUCUGCUCGUGGGAAGACGACGAGCGGGAGACGGAGACGCUGGCCGGCCAGCAGCCCGAGUGCCCCCACUGCGUCGGCGCGACGGCCGCUCGAGAGGAAAGGGGCAAACGUGCGCUGGGUGUCGGCAAGCUCCGGCCGGACAUUGUGCUCUACGGAGAGGAGCAUCCCAACUCGCACCUCAUCAGCCCCAUCGUCACCCACGACCUGGCUCUGUGCCCCGACAUGCUGCUCAUCCUCGGCACGAGCUUGCGCGUGCAUGGCCUCAAGGUCAUGGUGAGGGAGUUUGCCAAGGCCGUGCACAGCAAGAACGGCAAGGUCGUCUUCGUCAACUUUACGAAACCGCCCGAGAGUUCGUGGGGCGAGGUGAUUGACUACUGGAUACAAUGGGACUGCGACGCCUGGGUGGCGGAUCUGCGGGACAGGAUACCCAAGCUCUGGCAGGAUCCCGCGCCGCCGAGGCGCAAGACGGCGGAAUCGAACCCGUUCUCGGACGACAGGGACGGGGAGAACGAGGACAAGGACAAGGACAAGGACAAGGACAAGAACAAGGACAAGGCAAAGAAGAAACGGCGGCCGGCAGCCUAUCCCGUGGCGCUGCGAGACACCAAGGUGACGGGCGCGUACUGGACGCCCAAGAUACUCCAGGAGCUGCACAGGAUCACGGCAACGGCGGCACCCGCUCGGAGGGCUUCCCUCUCGGCGAUGCCGACCGCCGCCGCCUCGGCCCAGGUGACGGCCCCGUCAGUCGAGAAGCCGAAAGGCAAGGCGAAGCGACCGAGAAAGUCGGCACCGGGCGCGCUCGAGAAGGCGAAGCGACCGUCGUCGACGUUGAACCCGAACCACGGCAGGUCCAAGAAGCCGGCGACAACGCAUGCGCCCUCGGCCGCGAGCUCGUCGACGGCCGGCGACGGGGCCACCGUCAGCUCGAUACUGAACUCGGUCAAGGAGAACGCGAGGGUACGGAAGAGAAAGACGAUGGACGGCGUCGAGGUCCCCUCUCCCGCCCUGGGCAGGAAGCGGGAGACGAACGAAAACUACAAGCCGACGGCCCACUUGAAGCUCCCACCCAUCCGCUCGCCGCCCAUGGAAGAAUCGACGUCCAUUUACGGCAGACCGCGGCUGCUCGAACCACGGAGCCCACCGUCCGGGCCUCUCGCCUACCUAUCGCCCAACCGGCGUCUCGCAGACGUCUUUCAGACGACGACGCGCGACUACCCGCAGAGCUUCCUCCCGGCGGCACGGCACUACGACGCGAUGAGGGCGCUCGACGCGAGACCGACGUGGACGCAGACGUGGAACGGGUCCGAGGACCGCUACCCGUUGCAGUUCGGGGUGCCGAGAGUCGACGAGAGCCCCACCUCGGCACUGGCUGGCGUCAGGGACAGGCCGGCUCUGGGCCAAAGUGCGCCGAUACAGCCGCAGCCAUCGAGAAGCUUGGAGCAGAGCUUGCAAAUUUGGGGGCAGAGUUGGAACCCCGGGCCUUGA